AGUUGGUGGGUACACGUCACAAAUACGUCACGCCUCACCUGUUCGAAUUUUUAAGUGGCUCACGCAGGUUUUGUCAUCACAGUCAAGAGUAAACGCCAUAAUAAACCGCAUCUGGCAAUGCACAAUAGCGUCAAAAAUUAGUGGAGUGUGUGAAACAACCUUUGCCAAAGCAUCAUGGUGAUCCGAGUCUUCGUUUGAUAUUUGCGAAAAACGGUAUGUCCUGGGGUCUGAUACGGAUAGUACGGUGUUUGCCGCCUUUCAAUGAACUUAUCUCGUCUACAUCAUCGGUCUGCACUUUUAAUGAAUAAUUUAUUGUUAUGCGGCCGCCUUCUGUGGAAAGGCGAGGUAGAUUUUGAAAUGCGCGGGCAAGAGGGGACGGGAGAGGACGGUAGGAGGAGCCUUCGCCUUGAGAGGCACCAGAGGGCAGAGGCCCCAGAGUGCCAGAUACGGCAGAGAGGACAAAGUCGAGGGGCUAGGGGAGUAAUUACUCCGUCGUCACGCCACGCCACCACUUCCUUUCCGUAGGGCGUAGACGUGCAGGAGGGCAUUGAAUUCCGUUUGGCUAAACUCCAGGUCAUCAAAACUCUCUGGGUGGCAGCAUCUGUGACACCUUCAAGCAUGGCACCUCGUGAGGGUGACUCCCGCAAUGGUGUCUACAGCAGCAUCAAAUUAACGGCCUUCACAAAGCUUCCAACCAACUACCCGCACAAGAGCUUUGAGCAGUGGCUCAGAGGAAAGAGGACAGACGACGGUGUUGCUCCAUACUGGCGGGUACACAACAAGCUCUAUGACCUCACAAACUUUGUUGACCGACAUCCAGGAGGAAAGAUGUGGCUGCAGGUGACCAAGGGCACAGACAUCACAGAGGCCUUUGAGGCUUCACAUUUUGGUGAAGGACCAGAAAAGCUCCUUCAGAAAUACUAUGUCAAAGAUAUCACAACGCCCAGGAACUCACCGUACACCUUUCACAAAAAUGGUUUCUACAAAACCUUCAAACGAAGGGUAGAACCAAUCCUAAGAAAAACUGGAAAAGGCCCUUCAUGGAAAUCACUGGUGAUCCAAGAUGGUCUGGCUCUUUCCUUCCUUCUUCUGACUUUUGCCUCAACAGUUUUAUCUUCUUACACUCUUGCAGUAUUGGCAGGGAUGUUCCUCUCUUUCACAAUUAGUUGUGCUCACAACUAUUUCCAUCAACGUGACAAUUGGAGGAUGUAUUACUUUGACUUAUCUGGUUUCUCUUCUCAUGAGUGGCGUGUGACACAUGCCCUCUCACACCACCUCUACACCAACACGGCCAAUGAUAUUGAGAUAUCUGCACUGGACCCAGUUUGGGUAUUCUUACCUAAGCCUGACAAGAAUCUCAUUCAGAGAUAUGGAAGUUAUAUAUAUGACCUGCCCAUGGCUCCAGUUAUAGCCUUUGUAGCCCAUCUCACAAGAAUAUUUGAAGUAUGUAUCGGAAUAACUCCCCUACGUCCUGAGUACCUCCUGCCAUACUCUGUGUUGUUCCUGAUGGCUACCAUUUCUCCAUCAUUUUGGCAAGCCUUUAAGUUAUUUAUGACAAUUCAUGCCACCACCAACUGUGUGUUUGUGGCUAUUGGCAUGACUGCAGCCCACCACCACCCUGACAUUUUCCAUGAUGGGGACAGGAUGAGGGAUGACCCAGACUGGGGACUAUGUCAGUUGGAUGCAGUUAGAGACAGAGUGGAAGUGACAGGAAAUCUGUUACUAGUACUAACAAGCUUUGGCGAACACACUCUACAUCAUCUCCUGCCUACUGUUGACCACUCCAAGCUAUACAGCCUCUACCCAGUCUUCUUAGAGACUUGUAAGGAAUUCAACAUUCCAUUUUCUUUUGUGAGAUGGCAAAGUUUGGUAACUGGAAAGUACCUCCAGAUGUCCAAAAACAUCCCAAAUACCAAUUACCCUGGGUACAAGCAUAAAGCUUUGUAAAAGUCAACAUCUUAUAAUAAAACAACAUGAACUGGACUGGUGAAAGCAUGUCUAUACAUAAUGUUAAUAGUUAUAUGUAAGAAAAACUCUUGAGUUUGGGGACAGUAUGGUUAUUCAUAGGGUCUUCGCAUUACUUUGUUAUAUUAUGAUAUUUGCAGUUAAUGUUAUUUUCAAAGAAUCACCAACUAUGGGAUGAUAUUCAUGGUAAACUGUUGCUUUUAUAUAUGUAUCACAGAUCAGAGUAUGCAUCUGUUGGCGAUACAUAGGGGAGAGCGGUGAUGAUUCGGACAGUGGGAUGGUCCGGCCAUAGCACUUUUUGUAAAGUGUAUGGGAGCGAGUGCUGCGAGAUUUUGUGUGAAUGUGCAAAACUUUGUUGCCUUGGCCCACGAAGGGACAACCACGCCCUCAGAGCUGUUCUUUUCGAUGCAAGUCCGAUUUUAUGUUUUUUUGCAUCUCGUAUGUAAUAUUUUCGGGGUGUAUCGUACGCUCUCACUUCAAAAACAUGGCAAGUAGCGAAAUGUAAAGUAUUUCGGUGAUGCAGCGAUGCACGGCGAAGGUAUUGCCGUAUAACACAAUCACCCAGCUCUCGUGCUGAAAAAGGAGUGUGACCACACAUUUGUUUUUAUAGUCGUGAUGAUUCAGACAGUUGAUUUUUUCAUGAUUUUUAUUAAAUUUAUAUAAAUUUAAACACAAUAAGUGUUGCAACGGUUAUAAAAAGGUUAAUUUGGUUGAUUUAUAUUCGGAUAUUAUGCUUGUGAGAAGAGAAGGAAGCCAUAAUACCAAAAUUUUUGAGAUUUCUUGUAGUUCUCCUUUUAUUUUUUCCCCUAUAAACAGUGAGAGGAUACUUUUGUCCUUAUACAAAUGUUUUGUAGUAGAUAUAAUCUUGUUUAUUAGCCAAUCAAACUUAAGUUAUAUUAAUAUUAUGGUGAGUAUUAUGAGUGUCCGUACCAUCCCUCCUCCCUGGCCGAACCGUCAUCACGGGUGGGGAUAGUUCGCACAAUUUAGAAACUUGUCUUUCAUCACCUACAUCUGAAAACUGGAAAUAGCUACGAGUGUCAUAUUAGCAGCCUAAAGAGCCAAAUGAUGGAGGAACAUUUUGAGAUCAACAAAAUUACACUACUUCUUAAAACUUUUUUUCUAAAAAUAUUUUUCUAAAAAGUGGCCGAAUCAUCGCCGCUCUCCCCUACUAAGGAAACAACAUUUAGCAAUUAAUUUGAUGAAAUAAGGAAAAAGCUAAUUUGAACAUCUUGUCACCUUUAUGUCUGUGUAGGUGAAGUUAUGUAUGUACAAGAUGUUAUCAUGUGCCAAAAUUUAAAAAAAUACUAACUAAAUACUCACUAAAAUAUACUCAACA